AUUUGCGCUCGAGCAGCGAACGUGGCAGCAAGCAAAAGCAAAAGCAUAAAGCAAAGACAAACAGCAAAGCCAAAGGCAACGGCAAAACGCAAAAAGCAAAGACAAGCAAAAUCAAGUGCGAAUCGAAUCGAAUCAAAGCGAAGCGAAUCGUUUUGAAUUAAAUCAAAUCAAAUCGAAAUAAUAAAUCAGAGUUCGUCGAGUGUUAACAAUAAUAAUUUAAUUUAAAUUUGAAUUAAAUUUGUGCAAAAUUGUUAUUGUUAUUGUUGAUUGUUGUAAUCGAGUUACGCGCUUUCGUUUCAAGUCAAUUAAGACCCAUCUAAAAAUAAAAUAUUAAGGAAAGAUCUGCAAAGAAAAUACGAGAAGUGGUAAUAAAUUGUUGUCAAGUGAAAUUGACAAAAGUUGGCAAAUCAUAAAUAAAAAAAAAAACACUCUUAAAUCAUUUUUGUGUGUUGGGCGUUUGCGCAAUUGCAGCUCGUUCAAAACAGGCGCUUUUCAAUUUCGAAUUUCAAUUUCAAUUUCAAAUUGAAUUUCGAAUUGAAUUUUUAUGGUCAAGUGGCAAUUGUGCAACGCAGCCAGCAGCCACUUAACCUUAACAAUUAUUAUUACUAUUAUUUGGCAAUAAGACAUUUGGCACAAUAAUUUCAUUCAAGUGCGCCAAAAAAUAUCAAACAACGGUAUCAACAACAACCACAACAACAACACGAACGCACUUUUACCACUGCGAAAUAGACAACGAAAGCAAAACAACAAAAACACAACUCAACGAACCCACGCGGCGAACGCUAAACUCUAGUGGCUACAACAACAACAACGACAGCAGAAGCAGCAGCCAAAGACAAAAAAGAAGAAACAGUGCAAAAUGGUUGAGAAAACAGACAUGUCGAAAUUCGUAGGCGUUGCCGAUAUCACGGAGAACAAGAAAAUCUGGCGCAUGCUGCUCGGUGAGCUGGUUGGAACAUUUUUCUUGGUUUUCAUCGGCGUUGGCAGCACGGCGAACGGAAGUGCAUCAGUGCCACAGAUCGCAUUCACCUUUGGCUUAACCGUAGCCACAUUGGCUCAGGGUCUUGGCCACAUCAGCGGCUGUCACAUCAAUCCGGCUGUAACCAUUGGCUUUCUGAUCGUCGGCGAGAUGAGCAUCCUCAAGGCAGCCUUCUACAUAAUCGUUCAAUGUGUGGGCGCCAUUGCUGGAGCUGCCGUCAUCCGGGCAGCACUCAGCGGAAUUGUGACCAUUGAACUGGGUGUCUCUUCGUAUAAUGAGUCUCUGGAUGCUGGUCAGGUGGUGUUGAUCGAGGCUCUGAUCACCUUCAUUUUGGUGUUUGUGGUCAAGGCUGUGUCGGAUCCCGGUCGCCAGGACAUCAAGGGAUCGGCUCCCCUGGCUGUUGGUCUCUCAAUUGCCGCUGGACAUUUGUGUGCGAUUAAGCUCAGCGGUGCCAGCAUGAAUCCUGCUCGCUCCUUUGGACCAGCUGUUGUCCAGGGCGUUUGGGCCAAUCACUGGGUCUACUGGGUGGGUCCCCUUGCCGGCGGCAUUGUGGCCGCCAUCAUCUACAAGUUCAUCUUCAAGGUGCGCAAGGGUGACGAUGAGGCCAACUCGUAUGACUUUUAAAUGGAGUCAGCAGCGGACUACGAAAACCUUUGUUGUUGUGUGUGUGUACUAUAUAUGUGUCUAUUGUACCGUAGAUGCUUUGCAAUCGCAUUCACAUUAACAUUCACAUUCGUAUUCGUAUUCGUCUCAUUCACGCAAUCAAUGUAUUCCAAACGAAUUGUAUUCGAUUGAAAACGAGCCCACAAUCCACUUAGAUUUAGCCAAGCGAAAGCCGCACAAUUUCCAAUUGUACAAUUUUUAUUUG